AUGGUAUAUAAGCAACAGUGGAGCAGCUCAUCGAUCAACAAACACAGCAUGGAAGCUCAACAACUGCUGCUGAUCGUUGCUAUUGGACUGGGACUGGUGCUCCUCUCCCAGGCGGAUUGCCCGCUCUCCAGAGCCAUGAUCGAGGGCACCAAUCGCAUAUUCACCAACCGCAAUGCCGCCGGCCAGUACGAACUGAAGCGUCUUCAGAGGGUACGCACCAACGAGGUGCUUCACAUGAUCUGCCAGGCGAAUGACAUUGUCCAGACAACCUGUCAGCAGAAUACCAACUUCAGCAGACCUCUCCCUCUCCGAUGCCAAAGACCCAUGGCUGCCUCGGCAACCGUCGUAACCGAUGCCUCCUGUCCAGCCACCAUGUACUCCGUGGGCUAUACCAUCAACAAUCAGCGUCUGGAACUAUAUCGUGCUUGCUACGAUCGUAAUGGAGUCCGAGCCAGGUUUAGCAGGCAUUCGGUGUACCACAAGACGUUCUUCCCGCAACGUCCAUGUGCCGAUUUCUCUAGGGAUGGAAUCAUCAGCGAGACCGAUGCUUCAAGUUUCUUUCCCCGCACCAUUUUCCGAGCAUUCCGCACAAUUUUUGGCAAUAACCAGAGGUACAUCCCCAACGAACGAGACACGAUCAUCAAUCGUGGACAUCUGACCCCGUCGGGUGACUUCCUCUACGGAGAUCAGAUGUGUGCCACCUUCAAGUACAUUAAUGUGGCACCCAUGUUCAAGAGCAUCAAUGAUCGUAACUGGGAGACAAUAGAAAGAUGGAUCAGAACUCGCAUUAGUGCUGGCGGAUUACUGAGGAUAAAGACCGGAACUAAUGGUGAUCUAACCCUGCCGGACAAUCGGAGCCGCCAACGGCGCAUAAUUCUGGGUGCCGGCACCAAGAACACAAUGCCCUUGUGGCUUUACAAAGUGGUGCGUACUUCUGCCAAUGGACCACACUCUGUUUUCGUGACCCUUAACAACAUCUUCGCUCGUGCCCGACCCGCUGCCCCGUCCUUCUGCACCAGUAUUCCCUGUCCCAUGACCCUGGAGAAUGUGGCAGCCGCUGGUUACACCUUCUGCUGCAAUGCCACCACUUUUACCCUUUAA